UCCAUGGUGGAGGCUGCGUUUGCCGUGACGACAGGGCAUGGCGUGACGACGGCACGACACGACGGGAGCAACGACGACGACUUCAGAAAAACGGCGCGAGAGCGACUCGCGGGCGGGGUGGAUAGCGAUUGCACAACACGAGAGAGGCAAACUGACCCCGACUGGAGGGCAUUCAUCAAGGGGUGCGGCAUGGCGAGCAGGCAGUGGCUCAAGAGAGGAUUAGGCCGCUGGAGAUGGCAUUCACGCCCGAACGUCUCUGCGCUGGAGGGCCGUCGGUCCGGAGCGCACCCUGUGGCAGGGCGCGAGCUGUCGUCUCGCAGCGAACCGCGGGACCCCUCCGGCAAGGCCAACAACUUUUCUGACUACGACUCCAUGCGGAGGGACUUCAGCUUGGCCAUUCCGGAGCACUUCAACUUUGCCGGCGACGUUCUGGAUAAGUGGGCGCAGAUCGAGGAGCAGCAGCAGCAGCUGGGCCUCAGUGAGCCCAAGCCGGCGCUGUGGUGGGUGGGCGCUGGCGGCGCUGGCGGCGGAGAUGGCGGGGAGGAGCGCUGGGGAUUCCGGGAGCUUGCCGAGCGCUCGCGCAAGGCGGCCAACGUCCUGACCGGCGCGUGUGGCCUCGGCAGAGGGGACCGGCUGCUGCUGGUGCUGCCCAGGGUGCCCGAGUGGUGGUUGCUGAACGUGGCCUGCAUCCGCGCAGGAGUCGUGCUCAUCCCCGGCACGGCGCAGCUCACCGCGCGCGACGUGCGUAGCCGCCUGCUGGCGUGCGGGGCGCGCUGCGUGGCCACGGACGAGUCGCUGGCUCCGCUCGUCGACCUCGUGCUGCCCGAGUGUCCGCGCGUCAGCUCCAGGCUCCUGGUCUCCGCAGGCGGCCGCAGGGACGGCUGGCUCAGCUUCCACGACGAAUUCAGGGCGGCCUCGAGCCGUCACGAGUGCGUGAAGACGGACAGCAAGGAGGUGAUGACCGUCUUCUUCACCAGCGGCACGACGGGCUCUCCCAAGAUGACUGUCCACAGUCACGGCAGCUUUGGCUUGGGCUUGACCACGAACGGAAGAUUCUGGUUGGACCUCACCCCGGCAGACGUCAUGUGGAACACGUCGGAGACGGGCUGGGCCAAGUCUGCGUGGAGCAGCGUCUUCGCUCCGUGGACGCAGGGCUCCUCCGUCUUCGUGCGCGCCAUGCACAGAUUCGACUCCCGCACCGUCCUCAAGACGCUCGUCGAUUACCCCAUCACGACGUUUUGCUCUGCUCCGACCGCGUACAGAAUGAUGGUGCAAGAGGACGUGGCAAGCUUCAAAUUCCGGAGCCUGCAGCACUGCGUGAGCGCUGGGGAGCCCAUCAACCCCGAAGUCAUGGAGGCGUGGAAACGCGCUACCGGUCUGGACAUCUACGAAGGCUACGGACAGACAGAGACGGUGUUGGUAUGCGGGACGUUCAAAGGGAUGAAGAUCAAGCCUGGAUCCAUGGGCAAGGCUUCUCCAGGAUACCAAGUAGAGGUCAUUGACGAGCAAGGAAAAGUAGUCGCGGCUGGAGAAGAGGGAGACUUAGCCAUCCGGAUAAAACCACAAAGGCCUCCCUGGCUGUUCACGGAGUAUCUGGACAAUCCCCGGAGCAGUGCGGCGACGGAGCGAGGUGACUUCUACGUGACGGGGGACCGGGCGACUCGGGACCAGGACGGAUACUUCUGGUUCGUGGGCAGAGCCGACGAUGUCAUCCUGUCGGCCGGCUAUCGGAUCGGCCCCUUCGAGGUGGAGAGCGCCCUGAUUGAGCACCCGGCCGUGGUGGAAUCCGCUGUCACCAGCAGCCCCGAUCCGGUCCGCGGGGAGGUGGUGAAGGCCUUCGUUGUUCUCACCGAGGAGUACAAGUCCCGCAGCCCCCAGCUGCUCAUCGCGGAGCUGCAGGAUCACGUGAAGACCGUGACGGCCCCGUACAAGUACCCGCGCAAGAUCGAAUUCGUCGAUCAACUCCCAAAGACCGUGAGUGGGAAGAUACGGAGAGUGGAGCUUCGCAAGAAGGAAUGGGACAGGAGCUGAAUUCGCGGUCUACGGAAUAUCUCCCGGCUGCAGAAGGAAAUCAAUGAGAUGAUCACAAAUAUAGUUGAUUUCACAGAGCAAGUCAACGCACAAACAGUAUUACCGCCUUUCCGCGUGCUCAGUUAAUUGUAAUCCCGUGAGUACAUUGUUGUAGAUUAUUGUUCAUUAUAACAAGCCAAUUGCAAUGUUACCAAUAUAUAUUUUUCAGACAA